UCAGAACUAUUUUCCCAUCCAUAUAUUACUGUGACCAAUGACCUAUAUGAAGAAGAUCACAUGACCCUGACAUGUAGCAUGACUCUUAGUCCAUACAUAAAGCCUGCAGAAGUGCAGUUCGCUUUCUACAGAGAUGGACGGAGGGUUCAGGAAUUCACAUCAUCUAAUAAAUAUGAAGUUCAGUCUGCUCACCUGGAGGAUUCUGGGAAUUAUACCUGUGAAGUAAGAACCUCAAUCAGCCCUGGGAUAAGGAUUAGUGAUGGGUCCAACAUAUUGAUAAAAGAUCUCUUCUCUCCCCCAGUACUGACAGUGUCUCCAGAGUUGGUCAUUGAUGGAGAUAACAUGACCCUAAGCUGUGACACAAAUCUUAGUGACUAUAGACAGGACACAGAUCUGCAGUAUGCCUUCUACAGAGAUGGGAGAACAGUCCAGGGAUUCACCUCUUCUAAUAAAUAUCAGGUUCUGUUCAUUCAGAAGGAGAAUUCUGGGACCUAUACAUGUGAGAUCCGAACACCAACCAGCGGUGUAAAGAGGGAGAGUCAGAGACUUCACAUACAAGGUGGGUCACAUGGUUCUUCUCCAAUGACCAUACUAAAUAUAAGCUUGGGGUUAUUACUACUCAUCAUCAUCAUCUUUAUUUUCUUGUAUAUAUUUUAUCAACGACGAUCAUCCAAAAGUUCUCCUCAGCCAACAGACACUGAGGAACACUCUGCUGAAGCUGAAGUCACUUAUACAGCCCUAAACAUGACUAGGAGACAAGACAAUCAUAUGGCAAAGAACGAUGGAGCUGAUAUUGUCUAUGCUGAAGUAAAAUCCAAGGCUAAACGCAAAGUCAAAGCUUCUCAUGGAACGUCUGACACAUCAGCCGACGUCUAUCAGAAUAUCAGCUCCUACUGGAGAUCAACAUCAACUUCCUCUUUUUUUUAUGAGGCAGCAUCGUCUCCAUCCAUCAUGUCCACGAAGACGUCGCUAUUAUUACUCUGGUUUGUUCUCUUACAGAAAGGAGCUGCCAUCAGACCUGUGGUCGCCUUCACUCCAGACUACAGGAAGAUAUUUACUACAGAGAAGAUAACAAUGACCUGUGAUGUGGGAUCUAUAGGAGAGGAGCUGAGGUAUCACUGGUACAAGGACCAAAAAUAUCUAGACAAUGGAAAUUCCUAUAUAAUACAAAAUGCUGAAAGAUCACAGAGUGGAAGUUACCAAUGUGAGACCAGUAAUGGAGAGAGAAGUGACCCUGUUAGACUGGAUGUUAUUAAUGAUUAUGUCAUCCUGCAGAUCCCUCUAUAUGUCUAUGAAGGAGAUGAAAUAAAGAUAAGAUGUCACCACUAUCCUGGAUAUGAUGGAGGACGGACAAGAUUUUAUAAAGAUAACAGAAUCAUCAGAGACUGGACAUAUAGUGCAGAAUAUUCUAUAGGAAAUGUAGACAGGAAAACUACUGGAAAAUAUAAAUGUGAAAAAGAAGUCUAUCAUCAUGCGUGGUGGUACAAAGAAGAAGAUGAAGCUUCUGUAUCAGUAGAAGAACUGUUCACGACUCCAACAAUAAAAGUGACCCCAGAACCAUUUUUCGAGGGGAAUAACAUGACCCUAAAAUGUGAGACAAGUCUCCCUCCUCCCAGACAGAACACACAACUGCGGGUUACUUUCUAUAGAGAAGGACGGAUUGUUCCGGGAUCUGGUGUCAGUGAUAUCUAUGGAGUCUACAAUGUUCAGCUGGAGCAUUCUGGGAAAUAUUCAUGUGAAGUAGAAACUACAGAUGGCCGAGUAAGGAAGAGAAGUGCAGAGCAAAUUAUCCAGAUAGAGGAACGAUUUUCCCAUCCAUAUAUUACUGUGACCAAUGAUUUGCAUGAAGGAGAUCACAUGACCCUGACAUGUAGCACGACUCUUAGUCCAAACAUAAAGCCUGCAGAAGUGCAGUUCGCUUUCUACAGAGAUGGACGGAGGGUUCAGGAAUUCACAUCAUCUAAUAAAUAUGAAGUUCAGUCUGCUCACCUGGAGGAUUCUGGGAAUUAUACCUGUGAAGUAAGAAUCUCUGUCAGCCCUGGGAUAAGGAUUAGUAAUGGGUCUAACAUAUUGGUAAAAGAGCUCUUCUCUCCUCCAGUGCUGACAGUAUUUCCAGACUUAGUCAAUGAGGGUGAUACCAUGACCCUAAUCUGUGACACCAAUCUUAGUGACUAUAGACAGGACACAGAUCUGCAGUAUGCCUUCUACAGAGAUGGGAGAAAAGUCCAGGAAUUCAACUUUUCGAAAGAGUAUGAAGUUCAAUUCAGUCAGGUGGAAAAUUCUGGGACCUAUACAUGUGAGAUCCGAUCAUCAACCAGCGGUGUAAAGAAGGAGAGUCAGAGACUUCCUAUACAAGGGUCACAAGAUUCUCCUCUAACAAUGAUACUAUCUGUAAGUUUGGGGCUGUUACUACUCGUCAUCAUCACCCUCUUUAUUUUCUUAUAUGUAAGUUAUCGACACCGAACAUCCAGAAAAAACCCUCAGCCAACAACAGUCACUGAAAAUGAACACUCUGAUGAAGCUGAAGUAAAUUAUGCGGUCCUCAGCAUAGCUAGGAGACCACAAAGUGUUUUACCAAUCGACAAUGGAUCUGAUGUUGUCUACGCGGAAGUAAACUCCAAGGCUAAACGCCAAGUCAAAGGUUCUCAUGGAACGUCUGAACCUUCAUCCGACAUCUAUCAGAAUAUCGGCUCCUACAGAGGGAAUCGUCUCCAGAUGUGACCAUCAAGAAUAAAAUGGACAAAUUAUCUGUAAAUUCUUCUCUAUAAUAAGUUGUACACCGAAAUAACAUUUUGGGUUGAAACCGAAAAUUUAGGAUGUGCUUAGCCGAAAACCGAAAAUGCUUGCGUCCCCCCCCCCUUUUUUUUCUUUUAAUUUAAAUGUAGUUCUAGUUUCAGACCCAAAAGCUGUGUCAAGGCAUGCUGGGAGUUGGGACAACCCCUUUAAACCCUGGUGUGACUACAAUCCUACGGGCUCCAGGGGAAAUUUUGGAACAGCAGGAACCCAUUAAGCAGACAUCUCGUGGCCUCAGAUUUCCACCCUUUGUGUUUUUCUUUUUUAAUUCUUUAUUUGAUUUUUAAGCAACAUUACCCACCCCUUGUGAUUCCCACCUCUUGUGACCCAGAAUGACCCCCCCCCCCCCCCCAAACCCAUGUAAAUUCUGACACCUGAGACAAUGGGCUGAAAACUUUAUUUUUUUUAUACUGGCCAGAGACCACAAUUCCCUAUUUAGACUCACCUUUUAUACACAUGGAUAGAUAGAUAGAUAGAUAGAUAGAUAAACAGAUGGAUGGAUAGAUAGAUAGAUAGAUACUGUAGAUAGAUAGAUAUUAGAUAGAUAUGAGAUAGAUAGAUAGAUAUGAGAUAGAUUGAUAGAUAUGAGAUAGAUAGAUAGAUAUGAGAUAGAUAGAUAUGAGAUAGAUAGAUAGAUAGAUAUGAGAUGGAUAUAUAUAUGAGAUAGAUAGAAAUUAGAUAGAUAGAUAGAUAGUAGCAAAAUAUGAUGCAGCACUCCACAAGUUGCAAAUAAAGGGUGGCUUUAUUCCAUCAUGUGCAUAGACAACGUUUCACCAGUCUCACACUGGCUUUUUCAAGUGAUAGAUAGAUAGAUAUGAGAUAGAUAGAUAUGAGAUAGAUAGAUAGAUAUGAGAUAGAUAUAUAUGAGAAAGAUAUAUAUAUAUGAAAUAGAUAGAUAUGAGAUAGAUAGAUAGAUAUGAGAUAGAUAGGUGGUGUCCCGAUACCAUAUUGCAUACCGUACCUUGUGUGGUGGUCCCCAAAGUCAGAGUUCCUAUGUUCAGGUAGGGUCCCCCAGGUGGGGCAGCCCCUAGUCGCCUCCUCCUACUCUAAUUAUAUGAUGUGUAUAUGUAUAUAAUUAAUAAUGUGUAUAUUUAAUAUAAGGUAUAUUAGUGUAUUUACCUUGUUUAGCGUCAAAGGACCUUCGGUCAUGUGACUAUGUUAAUUCCUCUAUAGUAUGUUGGAGGUCCUUGGGUCACAUGUUUACCCAUAACUCUCUGUAGAGAAGAUUGACAGUUGUUAUGGACCAGUGAGCUUAAGUCCAGCCCCUGCCCAUAUAAGGGAGCUGUAGCCAAUUACUACUCUCUUAGGUUGCUGCUCUCGUGGAUGCCGGACUACCAGGACGGAUCUGCGCAACUUUCAAAGACACGCUAGGCCAGAAAACCUACCGGCCUCAGCCUGAAACGAAACCGUGAGUUAACAUCUAAAUCCCUGUUAAAGCUAGCGUGAUUACUGGACCGAAUAUAAACCCCUAAAUCCAGAGGAUCACCGCAGAAUUACCUUCUUAAGCUCAAUAGACUCACGAGGUCCCAACCACUUGUCAAUCUCUAAUAGACUCUGUUAUAUGUACUGUUCCUGUUCAUUAUUGCCUAAAAUCUUCAGUAAAAGUUCCGACAAG